AUGUAUUCUAAGUCAAUCGUUAUUCCAGCGCUCUUCGCUACUUUCGGAGUCGCUCAAGAUGAUGUCCAGUACGAAACCCGCACAGCAACGAUAACUCAAUGCUUCACCCGCGAUGGCCUACAUCCUCCAGCUACCGUUACCGUGCCUGGCCCGACAUGCGUGGUUCACAAGCCAGCUGUGACAGGAGAAGCCAUCAUCGUUGAGGUUCAAGCUCCCGACUGUCACUGCGGCUGCCCAACUUGUGUACAUACUCUCGAGUACACGACCAAGUACCCUGCUUUCUGCUCUACUGGUAUGUUUGACCAGGAGUAUGUCAUCACGGAGACGUACAGUGGCAUGGAGGCAAAGCCCACCAAGAACGAGCACGAUCUUCCGCAUGGAUUCACGUGUGAGGUUCAGACGUGUACUACUUGUGGCCCUGAGCCUGUUACCGCGACUAUCACGCACCCUGUUGCAGGCCAUUACAUGAACGAAGUUGCACCAACUGAGAUGCCCAUGGCAAAGCCUGGCCAGGAGCAACCUGGCAAAGAGCAGCCUGGCAAAGAGCAGCCUGGCAAGGAGCAACCAAGCUAUGAGCAGCCCGAGAAGCAGCCCGAGGAGCAAGGAAAAUCUGCACCCAAGGUCACUGGAGACGAUAAUGGUUUCCGAUCAAGCGUCAAGCCCACCCCAGUCCCUUAUUCUCCAGAGAGUGCUGCUCCUGGAGAGUCCACAGAUCACCCUGUUAUUGUAUCCGGCGCCAUGAGCCAGCAUUUGGGUCUGGCUGGUGCUGGUAUAGCGUUCUUUGCUCUUAUUCAAUUCCUUUUCCUCUGA